AUGGUGGAAGCUGUGGCGGCCGCCUUCGCACAGGAGCCAGGGCUGAAGGAGGUGGGGCUUGGCUUCCUUUGCAACCACUCGGGCAAGCUCUUCACAAAGAAGCCGAGCUUGAAAGAUGUGCGGUGCAAUCAGAAUGCAAUCUUCGCAGUGGUCAAGGCUACGAAUGGGGCGAGCCGAUUGAGUGCCUAUAUGCUUCGGGAUGCGAUCCUUAAGUUCUACACCAAUAACCACUUGUUUCCGGCUGGGCUAUGUGCAGAUGCUGAGUGUACCCAAACCUGGGCUUUGAAGCAUGGCAAUGCCUUGAAGAGGCUAGUGGCUUUGCUGAUUGAUAUCGUUGGCCGCACCCGGCGGAUUUGCAAGAGGGCCAAGACUUCCAAGGACCGCAAGCUGAACCCUUUGAGAAACCGGAUCGCUACAUUGGGAAUAGCUAGCUUGGUGUGCAAGGACAAGGGUGACAAAGAUCAUGACGAUGAAGACUCGAAUGAUGGUGUGCCUGCUGCACCUGCACCGGGGAUUCGGAUGCUUUCCUUUGAAACCUUGUCUUUGGCUUCGGGAUCCAGUAGCGGCUCCUCCACGUCGGGUACGUUGUCGAGCGGCGGCCUGUCGGUCCGUGAUUCUGAGGUGAGUCGUUUGGCUUCGCAGCUUCAGGGUCUUCGUUUGCUGAGCAAGGGCUCUCCGGGUCCGAGUGUCGGGUCCACUGUCACGACUACGGCAAGCUUGUUUGACUUUGCUGGGAAAGCCGAUUCGGAGCCUGCUCAGCCUGCUCAUAUCCCCUCCGGCAACAAGCCCGAAAAGAUCCUGCCUUCCCGGGUUUUCGCUGACCUCGCCACGUGGCUGCCUGAACCUUCGAAAGGGUUCCCCUUGUCCAGCCAGUACGCAGGGGCCUUCGAUGCUGAGGAUGUGGAUGGCAUUCACGAGCCGCCUGAGGAUCAUGAACCCAAGCCCAAAAAAGCGGGGAACAAGAAAGCUACGAAGCCGAAGAGCAAGGCAGGUUCCAAAAAAGCGGGGCCCAAGAGCAAGGCAGGUUCCAAAGAAACGGGGCCCGAGAGCAAGGCAGGUUCCCAAGAAACGGAGCCCGAGACGGAGGAGCUGGACCCGGACUUAUACGAUCAGUACGCGCCCAACCUCUAUGGUGAGAAGCGACUAACGUACAUCGCUACACACGCUCCACAGCAUGGCAACAAGGAGGCAGCUAAUAUGUGGAACUCGUCGCUUCAGAAGGCUAGGAUGCUGGCUGGUGUGAGCUUACGGGAGCUUAAGAAAAGGAAGUUCGUUCCCAAAGAAGCCACUGAAAACCCUUUUGUCAAGAUCGUCAAGCAGGCGAAGCUUGCUGCAGUGGGCGGGGCAUGA